CGGUCAGAUACUCUGAAACACAGAACAAGGAGAAGAGACUAAAUGGAUUUCUUCUUGCAUUUCUUUUCUUGUGGCUGGAGAGUACAUUUGUAGUCCCAAAAAUAUUGAUUAGGAAUUUUUUUGAAGUUAGUCUGGUAAAAAAAAAGGAACUCCAGAUUGGCCUUUAUUAAAUGUGUAACCAACGUUGAGUUGCAGAAGUCCUCUAAAGGAAACUGGUGAGACUUAUUCAAGAACAGGGACUCGAUAAAUUACAGUCUUGGAUAAUUUUCCAACUUCAUCUUGGGAUAUUCGUGAUAAAAUAGAGAAACUCUGUAUAUUUUAAAAACAAUAUUUUCAGCUCCGAAAUGGUUUCCCAGAAGGUAUUGUUUCUGUGCUCCCUGCUGAGUAUUUUAUAUGUGUCACAGUGCCAGGGAGGCUGUGCAGAGGUGGACUCGCUGACAGAGGCAGUUGCUGGAGAAAGCUUUAUGUUGGGCUGCAUCUCCUGUAAGAGGAGGGAGGAGGUUUCUGCCUCAGCCACUGUUGACUGGUAUUUUAGGCCAUUGGGAGAGCAAAGUUUCUAUCAUGUCUUUCACUAUAAUUUCCCAACCUCUGCCAUCUUACACGAAGACUUCCAGGGCCGCCUGGAGUGGCAUGGCACUGAAGGGACAAGAGACGUGCAGGUGGGUGCCAUCUACAUCCACAACGUCACCUUCAAUGACACCGGGACCUUCCGCUGCAUCUUUGUGCGUACCCUCUACCUCUCGCUGCACAAUGAGGUCGUUACCAUUAAUAAGGAUGUGGAGCUUACAGUGGUGGCUCAAGCCAACAGGGAGCUGACAGCAGUGAUUUCAGAGAUUAUGAUGUAUGUACUGAUCGUGAUACUGCAGCUGUGGAUGAUUGGGAUCCUUGUCUACUGCUACAAGAAGAUUACUGCUGAGAUGGAAGUUCGGGAAGCCCGACAGGCGCUACAGAGUCAAGACCUGCACGUGGAAUCCAAGGACAACUGUGAUGGUGUGCAUCUGGAUUAAAUGAGCUGCUGGUGAGGUAUAUUCAACCUUAAGAAUAACAGUGGAGAAGCUGUGCCAAUGCUGCUCACUUUGCUGUUUAUCUGUAUAAUUUUCUAACUAAAUAGUGAAUUUGUUUGCAGGGCUUUAAGUUUUGUAAGGGAAUAAAGUAUCUAAAUGCUGACAAGUUACUGUUUUUCACUGAAACAAAAUUUUGUUCAUUUUUAAACUUUGUUCCAGUUGUUCGUUUUAUUAAUUCCCUGCCAUUGUCUGUUUCUGCUGCUGAUACUAUUCCAGUGUAUUUUUGCAGAUUUCUCUCUCUAUUCACUUUGUUUUAUGAGGCUUUAUCUUUUAUGUAAUGUUAUAUGCUGUUUUUGUGUAAGUAGUAUAAAAUAUUGUAUGUUCAAUGGAAGGAUCUGUAUGUGAAUAAGCCACCAGGCCAUCACAGGAGACUCACGUGUACACGUUCUCUCACACCAUGAGAGCAAUUCAGUCACAAAUUUAUAUGACAGGGGAGAGAUGUACACAAACAGACACUCCAUUCAAACAUCAUACCCCAAUCCAACCUUCAGUAACACUUAGUUUUCACCAACCUUUUUAAUGAAAAAGACAGAUGUAUUUUAAUCAUUUAAAACAAUCACUUUCAAUAAAAUACAUAUUUCUUAGCUUGUGUGACAAUUAUCUUCAUGAAUCACUUAUAAAAACAAAACAAAGGGUGUGGAAAAACAAAAAAAAUGGGUGAUGAUGCUGAUAAAACUCAUUAAAAUGAUGUACAAAUUC